CGUCGCGGGCGUGUGACGCGCUAGUGCCUGCGACGCUUUGCUCUGUGUGGCUCUCCCUCCCAGGCCCUGAAUGCGGCCGGGCCCGGGUUGGUUUCUGCUCCCAACCUCCCGGGCCGGGCUCCUCGUGAGGCGACGGGGCCCCAUGUGAGAAAGCCGGAGACGGAAAGAUGACCUCGAGGAGAUGGUUUCACCCAAAUAUUACCGGAGUGGAGGCAGAGAACCUCCUGCUGACACGAGGAGUAGAUGGCAGCUUUCUGGCCCGGCCCAGCAAGAGCAAUCCUGGGGACUUCACCCUUUCAGUUCGGCGGAAUGGAGCAGUCACCCACAUCAAGAUCCAGAAUACAGGCGACUACUACGACCUCUAUGGAGGGGAGAAGUUCGCCACCUUGGCAGAGCUGGUGCAGUAUUACAUGGAACAUCACGGGCAGCUCAAGGAGAAGAACGGCGAUGUGAUCGAGCUGAAGUAUCCGCUCAACUGUGCUGACCCCACGUCUGAAAGGUGGUUUCAUGGGCAUCUUUCUGGAAAAGAAGCGGAGAAGCUGUUGACAGAAAAAGGGAAACAUGGGAGUUUUCUUGUCCGCGAGAGCCAGAGCCACCCGGGAGACUUUGUCCUUUCCGUUCGGACGGGGGACGAUAAAGGAGAGAGCAACGAUGGGAAGUCCAAAGUGACGCAUGUCAUGAUCCGGUGCCAGGAUAUGAAGUACGACGUUGGCGGAGGGGAGAGAUUUGAUUCCUUGACAGACCUUGUGGAGCAUUACAAGAAGAACCCCAUGGUGGAAACCCUGGGGACUGUCCUUCAACUGAAGCAGCCCCUCAACACCACCCGCAUCAAUGCGGCAGAGAUUGAGAGCCGUGUCAAAGAACUGAGCAAGCUGGCAGAGACCACCGACAAAGUCAAACAAGGCUUCUGGGAAGAAUUUGAGACUCUCCAGCAGCAAGAAUGCAAACUCCUCUACAGCCGUAAAGAGGGGCAGCGGCAGGAGAACAAGAACAAGAACAGAUACAAGAAUAUUUUGCCCUUUGACCAUACCAGAGUUGUCCUUCAUGACGGUGAUCCGAAUGAGCCUGUUUCUGAUUACAUAAAUGCCAAUAUUAUCAUGCCGGAGUUUGAAACCAAGUGCAACAAUGCAAAGCCCAAGAAGAGCUACAUUGCCACCCAAGGCUGCUUGCAGAACACCGUCAACGACUUCUGGAGGAUGGUGUUCCAGGAGAACUCCCGCGUGAUCGUUAUGACGACGAAAGAAGUCGAGAGGGGAAAGAGCAAGUGCGUAAAAUACUGGCCAGAUGAACAUGCCCUAAAAGAAUACGGUGUGAUGCGCGUCCGAAAUGUCAAAGAGAGUGCGGCUCAUGAUUACACGUUACGGGAACUCAAGCUUUCAAAGGUUGGGCAGGGCAACACCGAACGAACAGUCUGGCAGUAUCACUUCAGAACCUGGCCUGACCAUGGAGUCCCCAGUGAUCCUGGAGGAGUUCUAGAUUUCUUAGAAGAGGUUCAUCACAAGCAAGAAAACAUCUCAGAUGCUGGCCCAGUCGUGGUCCAUUGCAGUGCUGGAAUCGGCCGGACCGGAACAUUCAUUGUGAUAGAUAUUCUCAUUGACAUAAUCAGAGAGAAAGGCGUCGACUGUGACAUUGACGUCCCGAAAACCAUCCAAAUGGUGCGGUCCCAGCGGUCAGGGAUGGUGCAGACGGAGGCCCAGUACCGGUUCAUUUACAUGGCGGUGCAGCACUACAUCGAAACGCUACAGCGUCGGAUCGAGGAGGAGCAGAAGAGUAAGAGAAAAGGCCACGAGUAUACAAACAUUAAAUAUUCUUUAGCAGACCAGGCCAGUGGAGACCAGAGUCCUCUCCCACCCUGUACUCCAACUCCGACCUGCCCUGAGAUGAGGGAAGACAAUGCCAUGAGAGUCUAUGAAAACGUUGGUCUGAUGCAGCAGCAGAAAAGCUUCAGAUGAGAUGAAAUGAGCAGCGUUCCUUGUCAGGAAGAACUGAAAUACCAUUUUCUAAGAAAGUGAAGCCAAGUGACUUGAGAAGCGUCCCAUGAAGAGGAGUGGACUUUGACAGCUGCAUAGAGCCUCUUAUUUAUGGUGUUUUUAACCCUUCAGUAAUAAGCGGAACUUAAGACUAUCUUUCGGAGAAACUCCUAAUGCCUUUUCUCAACAUUGUCUGAUUUCUACAGUCCCUGAUUUUGUUUUGUUUCCAUUCAACUUGCGGUUCUUUUGCCUCCAGUGCAGACCAAUACUCUGUUGUACUUGAACAUUUUUCUCUCUCUCUCUCCUAGAUGCUGAGGUUUUAAAGCUGUUUCCAAUUAGAUAUAUUUUUUUUAAAGGAAAAUCCGUUUCUUAUACUUAAAAAAGAAAUCAAGUAGCACGUCAGGUGAUAAACUAAUACUUUUUUCGUUAUUGGAGGUGUGUGUGUGUCAGUUGUGCUAAUUAGACAUUUGUUCCUCCCCUUCUGCCCCCUUACUCUUGGCCCUGCUUCUGGUGAGGAGCCAGUGACCGUUCUGGAACAGGGCACGUUGAUCAGUUAAUUUGUUCAAGACUUUAGUCCUCAAGGUGUCUGUCUUUCUUGGAAACGACGUUGCUUCUCUAGAACUGCCAAUGAUGCAUGGUUUGCACCAGAGAAAACUAGUUUGUUUCUUAGAGCCUGCUGGGCAACUGUUAAGAUGGUUGCUGCUGAAUUCUGAGUGUUUUGGUUCGGGUGGUUGGGGGGAAGAGAGAGAAAGAGAGAGAGAGAGAGAGAGAGAGAGAGAGAGAGAGAGAGAGAAAG